AUGGUAAUAUCGCUGGACCGCAAGACGGUCGCGAUAUAUGCCGGCGCGAUCGUGCUGCGUCUUGUCAUCUUCCUCGCCUUUCCUGAUAUUCCCGAUCUCCUGACCACAAGGGUGGAAAUAUCGACACCGAUUUCGAGCUUCCAGAGACUUCAAGAAGGCCUCUUUCUCUAUCAACAUGGAUUGUCACCGUAUGAUGGUGGUGUAUUCCACCAAGCUCCGCUGUUACUGGUCAUCUUCGAGAUACUGCCGCCCACGCUGGUCUUCGUUGGGCUCGAUGUCCUGAAUGCAGCAUCCUUACAAAUCAUCGCAGACGAACUACGCAUUCCCACAUCUCGCUUUCAACCCUUGGACGGGUCCUUGAUUGCCGCAUCUUAUCUCUUCAAUCCAUUCACCAUCUUGUCGUGUCUUGGGAGGAGCACCAGCAUCUUUACCAAUGCCGCCAUCAUCCAAGCUGUCUUGAACGGUCAGUCGGGAAAUGCAAUUCGGGCGAUGUUUGCCCUUGCGACUGGAACCUAUCUGUCAAUGUAUCCGGCUUUGCUUCUUCCACCUACCCUGCUCAUGAUCUAUAAGAGCAGUCAGUCCAAGUCUCCCACCACUCCUAUCAUUUCGUAUGCCGCAGGACUUGCUGCCCUCCUAGCUACGACGCCGAUCUUGACCAGCGAGUUCUGGGACUUCCUGGCCUCAUGCUACGGCGUUCAACUAACGGUUCCCGACCUUACACCGAACGUUGGGUUGUGGUGGUACUUCUUCAUCGAGAUAUUCGAUUCCUUCCGGGACUUUUUCAUUGGCGUCUUCUGGUUGCACUUGGUGGGAUACGUAGGAGGCAUGACUCUUCGACUUCAGAACCAACCGCUUUUUGUCAUCACCAGCCUUCUGGGCCUAUUUGCGAUCUUCAAGCCCUACCCGAGUAUCACAGAUGUCUCGCUGUAUCUUGGAUUUCUCCCAAUGUACCAACAUGUGCUUCCAUUAACUCGAUACACUUUUAUAGCAGCAUCGGUGCUGCUUUAUUCGACCCUGUUGGGACCUGCCUUCCACUACUUGUGGAUCUACGCGGGCUCUGGCAAUGCCAACUUCUUCUAUGCAAUUACGCUGGUCUGGAGUUUGGGAUUGACCAUUCUUGUUGGAGACACCUUGUUCGCUGUGAUGCGUGAUGAAUGGGAGAUGGAGAGACCCGAAAUGAAGGGCAAAAGCGUACGCCAGAUAUGA